AUGGGGAAGAAGCCCUCGACGAAGAAGUCAACUUCCCAGAAUCGCUGCAAAGGCAAAGGUGUAGUUCCUACACCGGUGGCGCAGAACAAGGCAUCAAAGAGAAACAACAACCGUUCUGUUGUAACCAGUGAGUGGGGUUCCAGUUCCACAGCAUACCACUCAAAUCCUGCUUAUCACCCUUUGUUUGGCGUGAGGCGAUACACACACAAGAACCACAACUCAUCGGAUCCUGUGCUACAUGUCAAUGUCUUUGACCAUUUAUCUUAUAAGAAUACUUUGACACACAUUAAGGGCUGCGGAAACAACACUAUGUGGUUUAUGGUAUCAGCAUGA